AUGCCCAUCGGCGCGAUGCGACGCUCGGACGAGUCGGAAUCGUCGAAUUCUGAUUCGGAGGGAAUGACGCCCGACAUCAGCGACGAGUACGAGAUCCACUCGUCGGCCACCGAUGAGCAGUGGGGUGAUCUGAUUGGGAUGAUUGCUAAUGAGGAAUGGAAGAGCAGCGACGCUUCAACGACCCUACUCCUGCAACAUCUGCCCUCCACUCGUAUUGUUAUUGCCGUGAGAAAAUCUGACGAUUCCCUGGUUUCUGCUGUCGCUUGGAACGAGGUGGACAACGUGGCCAUGAUCGGCUUCUACUUGACAAAGGAGAAGGAACGCGGAAAGGGCAUCGGCCGGGCCGUGUGGCACCAGGCCCUCGAAUGCAUAGAUCGCGAGAAGCGUAUCAUCGUCGUGAGAACGGGCCCCGACAUGGCCGCCAAGUACCAGAAGUGGGACGUGCCGGUGAUGGGCAAGAAGAUGCACCGCUUCGUCGUCCGCGCCGAGCUCCUUAUCGACGGCUUCACGCGUCUUUUGGAGAAAAAUGGCAUCCGCAACGACAAAAACAACAACGCGGGCAUGGAGACGAAGUGCGUCAACCAGUUGACGAUUCCCGAGUUUGACAGCCUGCUGGAUUACGAUCAAAAGGUCACCUCUAAGGAUCGCAGCGACUUUCUGGACUCGUUUUUCUCGCUCGACUGCGUUUGCGCCUGCGUCACCCAGAACGAAGACGAUGACGUGAACGGCUUCGGCGCUAUUGUACCGUCAGUGAAGGAGGGCUCGCAUCGGUAUCGUCUUGCGCCCAUCUACGCCCCUGACCUCAACAUUGCCACCUCCAUCGCCUUGAGUCUUGUCAAGCGGGUACACAAACGUGACCCCAAGGCUGAGAUCUACAUCCAGACCGUCGAGGGCAGCGCGGGCAGCAUGCAGUUGCAUAAGGUGCUAAAAGAAUACGUUGGCGUGGACCCUGUCGAGGACUGCGUGACUCUCACUUCUCGGAAGUUGCCCAUCACCACCCGGCUGCACAUGUGCUACAUUCCGCAUAAUAACGGAGGACAUUUUGAUGUC